UCAGUCACACUGUAGAGAGGCAGGAGGCGCCAUGAGGGCCUUUUAUAAUAUAUAUGCACCAAUCCAACUGCCUUACAGUGUGUAAAAUGCAUUUGUGUUGUCUAAUCAGUAAAUCUGGCAAGGUCCCUCAUAAUGAAGGCUAAUUAGUAUGCUGCAGCACUCAUCUGGCUGCAUUUGAAAGGUCUGCCAGAUGUCAAGGACCGGUAGCAGGCCAAAGAGAGACAACCUUAAGCAGCUGAAAGUCUCUCUCUCUGUCUGCAGUCUCCCAGCUGCUGCUGCUUCUGCUCCAGAGCCAGAGUGAAGAGUCCCCUCACCCCCCUGCACAGACAUAGACAAAAGGCCUGAUUCGCCUGCUGAACACUGCCCCCUUUCUCCAUCCGUCCCUUCAUGCACGGCUGUAAUGGUGGUGGUGGUGGUGGCGGGGGCUUCCGGAGAAAACGAGGCCUGGACUGGGACUAAAAUCUAGGACUGACCCAGUGAAGGAGAGUGGGAAGAGGGGGAGGGGAGGAGGAGGAUGGGGCUGGAAUGGUUGGGGCUGAGUAAAGGCUGGUGCUGAGGCCUCGACAGGAAGACUGAUUUUUCCUCUCUCAGAGUGGGAAAAAAGGGUAUGCCACAUUUACCUCUAUAUGUGCAUGAGCAUGCAUGUUUAUGUUUAUGUUUGUGUCUGUGGUGGCAUAUGUGGGCAUGGGUGGCAUAUGUUUGAUGGAAAUCUGUGGAGGGAGGUGCAUGAAUGGCCUGUGUUGCCCAUGUCAGAUUGUCUUUAUAUCACAGUGCUGGGUGUAAUGCUGCUUGGAAGUUUUCAGUUUUCAGAGACUACCAGUGUGUCUGGGGGUGAAAGCACUGGGGGAUCUGGUUGAGAAACAGGCCAAGGCACCGGACUGAGCUGCUUCUACCAUCAUGGUUACCUAAAUUUGCUUCUUCUUUAUGUAUUAUGUUGAAUAUCAGUUGCUGUCAUCAGUCAUCAUUUUACUUUAUGUGUUAAAUUUUACCUCAUGUAACCUAUUUGUGUUUAUAUUGUUUGUAUUAUUUAUCCCAUUUUCUUUACUAUUGUCCUGUUUUAUUAUGUGUCCAGGUAACUGUGCUCACCCAAACAUCAUCUUUUUGUGAAUUUUUGUUGUUUGUUAUUUGGCCUAAUUUUAUGGCACUGAGACCAACCAGAGUAGUGACUCUUCUUUAAUCAUCUUACCACCUGUCUAUAAAAUAAUGUGUGUUCUUAUUUCACCAAAACUAUCUAUGGCAAUAUACAUGUAGUAUGGAGGAAAAUGUUGCAGUGUUUCCUGGGAGGUGAGCAUACUGCUUCUGCCUGUGUGUUUCUGAGGCCAUACUGCAGCACAGGGCUUUAUGUUGGGUGACCGGAACCAGCUGAAACCGGUUUGAGGCAGCCGCGAGGGCUGACAGGAACAAUACCGUCUCUGUGUUCCACUGAGGGAUAGUGAUAGCCCAGGCUGCUCCAUGGCAGCCCUUCACUACUCAGCCACUGGCUACGAUGGCACAGGCACAGACCCUGCUCCUGCUGCUGCUGCUGCUCCUGCUGCUGCUGCUAGAAGUCGGUACACAGCACGGCUCAUAAUGAGGGGGGCAGGGAGAUUCGGGAAGGGACGAAGGCAGGGGGACGUGGCUGGCUGGGAGCCUGCCUCACACACACACACACACACACACACACAAACAAACACACACACACACACACACACACACACACACACAGAAGCAUGAUCUCUCUGUUUGUAUGUCUGUGUGCUGCUAGUGGUGCACAGAAUGACUAAGGAGGAUCCUUACCAGGACCACCACCACUCACCAGAUCCCUGGAUGUAACCUGACCCUGUAUUCUGGGCCUUUGCCUGGUUAGGAAGAAACAGGACUUUCCCCCCCAGGCAGGGUGGGUUGGAUGUCUUCUUUGUGGGUUAGUGGUGUUGUGACUGUGUUUGUUACAGGAUGGAAGGAAGGAAGGAAGGAAGGUUUGGCUAGUGGCUGGAGGGGGACGGAGGCAAGAGGUGAUCUCCUCAUCAGAAACGGAGCAGUACCAUGGGAGAUAUGAAGACGCCAGACUUCGAUGACCUGCUGGCAGCCUUUGACAUCCCUGACAUGGUGGAUCCUAAAGCGGCUAUUGAAUCUGGCCACCAUGAUGAUCAUGACGGACAGCUAAAGCAAUCCAGUGGUGCGGUGAAUACAAAUGAAGAUGAUCCCCACAACCCCUCAACAGGACAUGACAUUGGCGUUAGUGUCAUUGUUAAGAACACCCAAAAAACAGACAGUAGUGAGCUUGGCAGAACAAUGUCAGAGAAGAAUGAACAAUGCCCCUCCCUACCCCUUUCUGGCAAUGGACUUUAUAAUGGACUCUUGCAUGCAAUAUCACCAGGUACUCAUUACACCAAGAAUGGAUGGAAAGCUCCCAGAGAGGAAGGACUGUCAGUUAACAACCAAUCAUCUACCUUUAAUCAGUUUAGCCCCAUCUCCAGUGCUGAAGAGUUCGAUGAUGAUGAUAAAAUUGAGGUAGAUAGCCCCAUGGACAAACAGAGAGGUCAAUCAUUCUUUAUGUCCACUACUAAGAGAGAUGGCCAGAAUCCCAAAUCUCCUGUAUCAGUGGACAAUGUUUCUAAGCCCAGAGCAAACAGAGACCAAAAACAAGACCAAAACAAGAACAAGUCUAACGACCCCCCUGAAUCAAGUUUGCCUAAGAACGAACUAAAGCAAACUGCCCUCAAGUCUGAAGGUCAGGAGUACAAGGAGGCUGGAGAGCCAUCAGGGCUUGUUAAUGUGUCCAGUAUGUCUCAAGUCAAAGCCAAGUCCUCUGCAAAGCUUUCAUCUUGUAUAGCAGCCAUAGCAGCCCUCAGUGCCAAAAAGGUUAGUCCUACAGACUUGGAUUCUCCUACAACACAGAAAGAAUCCAUCCAGGCCAAUGAAAAUCCCAGAGCUCCAGAGAAGUCGCAAGAGCAGGAUUCAGCCCUAGAAUUUGCAAAGAGACUGCUAACAAGACAACCAGACAGCCCCUCUAGUGUCACCAGCGAGGUUAGCAGCAAAGGUUCCCCAUCCUCAAGCACAGACACCACCGCGGUCAUCCCAAAAGUCAGGAUCAAAACAAUCAAGACCUCAUCCGGCCAGAUCAAGCGUACUGUCACCCGAGUUCUACCACAGUUUGAUGCUGAGGGUCUGAGAAAAGGAGAGAAUAGCCCACCUGUCAUGUCAACCCCAAGUGCAGCUUUUUCAUCUCCAACAAGAUCCUCUCAGUCAACCACAGUAGUGGCCACCACUGGAGGGCCUUCAAUUGAAAUAACCAAGCAAAUGACUAUUAAACCUGUGGCAACUGCCUUCCUGCCUGUCUCAGCAGUCAAGACAAGUGGAUCCCAAGUCAUCAACCUGAAGCUAGCUAACAACACCACCGUUAAAGCAACAGUAAUCCCUGCUGCAUCAGUGCAAAGUGCCAGCAGUGCCAUCUUGAAAGCUGCUAAUGCCAUCCAGCAACAGACUGUCAUGGUACCUGCCUCCAGUCUGGCUAAUGCCAAAAUUGUGCCAAAGACAGUCCAUCUUAGUAACCUCAAUCUUCUUCCUCAGACUGUAUCCUCUGCUGUCUGUGAUCUCCAACAGGCCCUGUCCUCUUCCAAACAACCACAGCAUCAACAAUCACAAAUCAAACAGAAAACAAUUCUCGCUGGCCGGGCCUCAAAGAAAGUCUCUAGGGUUCAAGUGUUCACUAGCACUCAAAGCUCUGUAGUGGACGCCUUCAAUAAAGUCCUGAGUAGCAUAAAUCCUGUCCCUGUGUAUGUCCCAAACCUCUCUCCACCAACUUCAGCUUGUAUCUCUAUACCCUCACGUGGCUACAAGUGCCUGGAGUGUGGAGAUUCAUUUGCUCUUGAGAAGAGUCUGGCACAGCACUACGAACGUCGCAGCGUGCGGAUCGAGGUCACCUGCAACCACUGUGCCAAAAGUCUUGUGUUCUACAACAAAUGCAGCCUCUUGUCUCAUGCCAGGGGCCACAAAGAUAAAGGGGUUGUUAUGCAGUGCUCACAUCUAAUCCUAAAACCCAUCCCUGCAGAUCAGAUGAUAACCACAUCGCCCUCUUCAGGCCCACUCAAUAUCACUAGCACCAGCUCCACAUCCCAAGCGCAAGCACCCACUAGUCAAAUCCCAGCAAGAGCUACUGGUGUUGGGUCCCAAACUGCAGUGAUUUCAGCUCCAAGCAGUGCUCCUCUUGGGGCAGCCAUGCCCUUGGAGGAUGAUGCAUCAAAGCUUUGCAGGCACAGCCUCAAGUGCUUGGAGUGUAACGAAAUAUUUCAGGAUGAUAGCUCACUAGCUAUGCAUUAUCAACAGCCACAGGAGUCCAGUGGGCAGAAAACAUGCACCAUCUGCCAAAUGCAUCUCCCAAAUCAGUGCAGCUUUCUGUCACACCAGCGUAUCCACCAACACAAGUCUCCUUACAUCUGCCCCGAGUGUGGUGCCAGCUGCCGUUCUGUCCACUUCCAGUCACAUGUCACCAAGAACUGCCUGCAUUACACCCGUAGAGUCGGCUACCGCUGUAUCCACUGUAGUGUGAUCUUCGCUGAUGUUGCAACUGUAAAAUCCCACAUCCAGAGUACUCACUGUGAGGUCUUCUACAAAUGUCCUCUCUGCCCCAUGGCCUUCAAGUCUGCGCCUGGAACGCACUCCCAUGCCAACACACAGCAUCCAGGAAUGAAGACAGGAGAGCCCAAGGUGAUAUAUAAGUGUUCCAUGUGUGACACCGUGUUCACUUUGCAGUCCCUGCUCUGCACACACUUCGACCAGCACAUUGUUAAUCAUAAAGUUUCAGUGUUCAAAUGUCCAGACUGCUCCUUGCACUUUGCACAGAAACAGCUCAUGUUGGACCAUAUCAAGGUCAUCCAUGGAACACUGAAGACCAUCGAGGGUCCACCAAACUUGGGCAUCAACCUCCCCCUCAGCACCAAGCCAACUAACUCCAACAGUACAAACAGCAACACCCCCAAUAACAAUACUAAUAAUAAAGAUGGAGGAAAUGUCAUUGGUCAAGACAAGGGAGAAAAGAAGCCUUCACCAAUAAAGAAAACAAACAGUAAUUGCUCAGCAGACUUCAAGAACCCUGCGAGCUCAGGAUACACAUGUGAAGACUGCAAUACCCUCUUCAGCUCCAGGGAGGUCUUCGUGGCUCACAUGAGGCGCGAACAUGGCAAGAUACUGAAGAAACACCCAUGUCGACAGUGUGACAAAUCCUUCAGCUCUUCCCACAGUCUUUGCCGACACAACCGUCUCAAACACAAAGGCCUGCGGAAGGUCUACACCUGCCCGCACUGUCCAACUCUCAGUCAGCCGUUCACUAAAAGAGUGCUGCUGGAUCAGCACAUUCAGCUGAUGCACAGAGUCAAAGAUCCAGAGGGGAAUACUGUCAACUCUGAUAAUGUGAAGGCUUCAACUGACAAGAAAACGACCCUUAGCCCCAAAAGGAAGCCAGAAGACGAUGAGGGGUCUCCAGGCUUGAACACAAGGGGCCCCGACUCACAGCCGUUGAAGAGGCUCAAGGUAAACAUCCUUAAAGUUCACAAGUGUGCUGUCUGUGGCAUCACCACUGAGGACAUUGCGGCUUUCCAUGAACACAUUCCCCAGCACAAGUCUGAUGGCUCGUCCUACCAGUGUCAGGAAUGCGGCCUGUGCUACACCUCCCAUCGCUCGCUGGCCCGACACCUCUUUAUCGUCCACCGGCUGAAGGAGCCACAUGGUCUCACUCGAAACAACGGACUGGGCAAGGACGACGAUGAGAGUCGGAGAGAGAACCAGCUAGAUGUUACGGACGAGAACAAUGACGGGACACCAAAUACCAAGUGCAAAGUGUGUGGAAAGACGUUUGAAACGGAGGGAAACCUGAAUACUCACAUGAGGACACAUGGGAUGGCGUUCAUAAAAUCUAAGAGACUGGCUGAGAAGUGAGAGGAACACACUUUGAAACCAUUCCAUCUAAAGCAAACACUAUUGUUUUAAACAUAUACAGUUUGUUAAAUUGUUGCAGACAACCUACAGUAUCUCACUUGGCUGUAGUCAUGCAUAUACAUAAUGUACAUGUAGGGUACUACCAUAUGUAUCCAGUAUACACACAAAGAUAUGUAAUAAAUGUUAAGUAAAUUGAAUAAGAUAGUUUUUUGUACACACAUAGAUGUUUCUAGAGGCCUUGACUAGAUCUUUUUUAUAGAAGAGCUUUUUUAUUUUAAACAGUCUCCAUUGUUGUCUUCUCACUAGGACUAGAUAAUGUAUGAAUAUAUUGUUGUUAUGGGAUUAAUCCUCAUACAGUCAGCAGUGUUAUGAAUUUUCAAUGCUGCUAAUGUCCAACGAAUGUCUGAAAGAUGAAAACAAAUACAUAAAGUAUAUAAAACCACUGGAAGCCUAAGGUUUCCCCAUUAUAAAAUAUGUUACCCCUAACUGAGGUCUUCAAUUUCAAGUUGAAAGAUGAAUAGAAGAUUAGCAUAAAACAUUCUUAUUUUGUUUUUAUUUCAUGGAUAACUUAUAUUUCUCUCUGAGCCCGCCUUGGCUUCUUCAACAAACCCUGGCUCUGGUCUCCUUCCACUACAUCAUGAAACUACUGAUCCUAAAACAAAAUCUCUGCAUUCAUUUUGAGCUGAAAUUACAUGUAAUAGCAGAAGAUUGCAGACAAUCAGACAAAGAUGAAGCUUGAUUUCAGCUGUUUCAGCAAACCACCAUGUCGAGUUAUUAUCACUGACAUAUCAAAUACAUACACAAUCAAAAUUAUUAUAAAGCAAAUUUUUUAUAAUUAUCUCAAGCAUUUAACAUCAGAAAAAGGAGUCUUUUAAAGACA